AUGAGAAAUUUGACUGGUUUGGACAUUUGCUUUAAUAGAAAUCAUGGAAAUGAUGAAAUGGAUCAAUUAAUAGCACUUGAUAUAAGUUUCAACUCGAUUGAUAAUAAUCGAAUUAAAAUAAUUAGUGGGAUGAAAAAUUUAACAAAAUUGAGAUGCUUUGCUAAUGAUUUCAAUCUUGAAGGAAUCAAAUCUCUAGUAUCAAUGAAAAAUAUAACCAAUUUGGGUAUUGGUCCAAACAAAAUUGGCACAGCCGAGACGAAGGCUCUCAGCGAAAUGAAACAAUUAACGGCUCUUGAUUUAAGAUGUAAUUAUAUUACCAUGGAGGGUGCUCAAUAUAUCAGUGAAUUACACAAUUUACCUGAAUUAUUUAUUAACCAAAUACCAUUGGUGGUGAAGGAGCCAAUUGGAUUAGCAACUCUGAAUGAUAUAACAGCGGAAGGAGCUCAAUUAAUAAGUAGUAUGGAUUCGCUGACUUUUCUUUCUAUUGGACAAAAUAAUAUUAGUUCAUUAGGAGCCAAAUUUAUUGGAAAUGGGUUGAGAAAUUUGAGAACUUUAGAUAUUCAUAAUAAUACCAUUGAUUUAGAAGGAGUUCAAGCAAUUUGUAAAUUAAUAAUUUAA